AACAAGCUGUACGGAAUGCUCCGAAGAAUCUAUGUUCCUUCGUUUUCUAUUAACAUACCAACUCCACUCUCCUCGACUCUUAGUCUUGAGAUGGGGGUGUUACUUGUUAUGGCUAAGCUCUUAGUUUGAGUACUCCGUUUCUGUUUCUGCUUCGAAUUCUUAUUAUUCAUCGUGAAUCUCUAACACCCUUUGAUCCAUUUUUGUUUUCCAAAUCAUUUUCUUACCUAAAAAAAAAAGCGAGCAAAAUGAGUAGCAGCGCAGUAGUAUUGCCAAAAAAUGUGCCUGUGGGGUACAGAUUCAGUCCCACGGAAGAGGAGGUCAUCAGUCACUAUAUGAAGUUGAAGAAUCAGGGGGUGAAUGCUAUGGUCGACCCUGUCAUGGCCACGGUCGAUUUCUGCGCCUUUGAUCCUUGGGAGUUACCUCCUAAAUCGAUCAUCAAAUCCAGUGAUCAAGUGUGGUGGUUCUUCUGUCCACGAGAUUACAAGUACAACAACAGUAAACGUUCAAACAGGAGGACCAAAACAGGUUACUGGAAAAUCACCGGGAAAGGACAGAAAAUCAAAUCAACCAAAGGUGUCAUAGGGGGGAAGAGGAUUUUGGUAUUUCAUAAAGGCCCUUGCCCUGGCCAAGGGACUGAAUGGGUCAUGCAUGAGUAUCAUUUUGAACCUGAGAAUGCUAAUCCUAUCCAGAAGUCCUAUGUUGUUUGCCGCUUGGAGCGAAAAACUGAUGAGAAAGGGCCGAAGACAACUAGUCCUGACUAUGAAACAGGGCAACCAAGUGGCGAAAGCUCGCCUGAUGGUGAAUAUCGGUUACCAUCUUCUGCAAUUCCUGGGUUCCAGUUAUUUUGUGACACCAACAACCAGGUGGAUUUGGAUUCGUUCUUCCCACAUCGAAACGCACAAAAUGCCCAUGACUUUCUCAACGGAAUCCAAGUCUCAUUUAGCGAUGAUGAAGCAGUGGAUGUCAAUUUUGCGAAUUCACUCAUUGUUGAACCUGAAGAAUAUCAAUGUGGAGCAACAACAAAGAGGUAUUCUCUGGAUGGUGCAGACAGCAGUGAGACAGAUGAUGAAAGGAUUCGCCAAGCCGUGGGCUCACAUGAUAAUUCAAAGAGAGUCAGGCAUCUGCAAAUGAAUCGUACACCAAGCGAAACUCUUCAUACUUAUUCAGGUGGCAACGUCGUAGAAGAAACUAUAGUUAGUGGUCAGUUCUCUGAAGAGGAUACUUCCUCUGACGACUUCACACCAGGUGGAGGGAUCAAGAUCAAUCCUCUAGACUUAGGGAGUGUUGGGAUUAGACAAUUCACAACAGGGAGGAACAAUGUUAUUCAUUUUAACGAAGGCGAUGUUCCUAUUAGAGGAGGAGUUCAUCAUACAAGAGUCCAGCCACCAAAGAAAGUUUCAAUAGUGGCAGUACCUGGAAACAAGGUCCCAGAAGCUGGAAAACACAGUGUUACUCAUAUUUGCAGUCCCAAGAAGGAGAAGUCUACUGAGGAGUCUGAAAAUCUUAGAAAGACGGCCCACUGCAGCAGCAGCGUGAAGAGGCAUUUUGAAUUGCAAGCAGGGUGCGAGUCAACAGUGAGCAGUAAGUUGAAGAGUUUCUUUACUUUUGAGGAAACAUCGUCUGUCUUGAGCUGUGAUACAACUCCACCAUCGGUUUACGUUCUCAACACAGUCGUGGGGGUGGUUUUGUUCCUUGUUUUUCUUAGGGAACUGGUGUUAUUUGGAAGCUGGUGAUAAAACUCAGUACAAAUUAAAUUAGAGCUCUUCUUUUUGCCUUUUGUCUAAGUUUUCUUCUUUACUUGGGGUAUAAGGAAUGGAAUAAUGGAGGUCUUUGGAUAUAGAACUAUGGCAUUUCAUUACCACGGUACCAACCAUAGUUAAUAGUUUCAGUGGGUUUUGUAUAAAUUAUUUCGUCAAUUCAUAUGGUGAUAGAUUAUGUCCUGGAAAGAUAAAUCGCAGGAUUUUGUUUUGAACCUCAAUGUUGCACUCUGUAUAACCAUAUGAAUAUAUAUCAUCCAGUUACUAUGGAUUUAUACCA